CCAAAGUUGAGAAACAACAGUCGUGAGUCGACCGCGGCCGGGAACUGACGCGAGUGUGGUGAAUGUCAUGAAGUGGUACGUGAUACUCUGGCUGGCAACGGCGAGAAGCAUAGGAGGAAGCGUGUUAAGAUGUACAGUGGACAGCAAGGAUCCUUUAUGUAUUUCAGAAAACCAAGAUAGAGUAUCACAACUAAAGAAAGCAGACCUCCCAUCAGGCAAAGAGUGCGCUCCGGAGACCUCGUGGAAGACGGAAUGCAACUCCUGCAAAUGCAACGCGGACGGCCGAGCGAUGUGCACGCUACAGUUUUGUCCUGACGAGUCAUUCCUAAGCUGCGCUCCAGGGUCAAUGUGGAAGAACGACUGCAACAUGUGCCAAUGCACAGCUAACGGCCGACCAGUGUGCACAAGAAUGGACUGCGUUCCACCAUCAGACAUCCUUGAUCCGGUCAACUUCGAGCCAGAAGUUCCAGAAAACAUUCCUAAUAAAGAUAGUGUUAAUGUGAAAUCAAAUAGUAUAAACACGGGUCAUAAAAUAAGCAAAAAGUCAGUUUGCAAGCCACAUCAAGAGUUCCAGUCGGAAUGUAACUCCUGCACAUGCUCUGGAGAUGGCUUGAGCUACUCCUGCACACACAACGAGUGCUUAGAGAGAGACAUGACGAAGGAGGUGGAGGUUUUUAUGGAGAGCGAGGGUGUUGACCAUAUAGAGAAACAUUCUGUCUGCAAAGCACGAGAGACAUUUCCUAUUGGCUGUAACACUUGCCAUUGUAAUCUGGAUGGCACAGAUUAUUCCUGUACUAACAAGCCUUGUCCGCUUCCCAAAGACGUUGAAGUCUUUCAUGAACCUAAGACCACUACAUCAUCCACAAACAAAACCGUGAUAUGCGAAGCUAACCGCUCUUUCAAGAAAGACUGCAACAUUUGCUGGUGUAAUGAAGAUGGGACGAGUUUCUUCUGCACUAGAAGAGCUUGUGUGCCAUUACUUCCUGACGAGGCUGAUGACGAGAAACCAGAGGAUCUCAGAAUAAUUAAGAAAGAGUGUCGCCCCAACGAGGUCUUCGAACUGGAUUGCAAUAUGUGCCGCUGUAAUCCUGACGGGAAAUCUUUCUCGUGCACUAGGAGAGCUUGUGUCGAUCAGUUGGACGAUUUCAAGAUAAACGCUUCUGCAACAAUCAUUAGAAAAGCUCGAUCGUCGCAGGAACCGCAGAAGACCUGCCAGCCUGGUACUGAGUUCAGGAUGGACUGCAACAAGUGCCUCUGCGACAACGAGGGCCAGGACUUCUCCUGCACCAGAAUCGAUUGUAAUGCCCUCAACAAUAACGGCAAUGCUGGUAACAGGAAUAAAAGAGAUGCAGCAGAAAGAGUCCCCGCAGACUGUACGCCAGGCAGCGUAUUUGAAAGAAGGUGCAAUGUCUGCCGCUGCACUGAAGUAGGUUACGCCCUUUGUACAACCAACAAAUGUCAAGAGAAAGACGCUACGGACAAACCUACAACGGAGGUUCCUGGACCAGCCGUCGACGCGAACUUCAGAUGCAACCCUGGCGAGCAGUACAACUUUGACUGCAAUGACUGCACAUGCUCAGCGGAUGGGAAGAGCAUUUUCUGCACACUCCGCUUUUGUGACAAAAGCCUUUCUCCUGACUAAAAUUACUCACUUGUUUUAUAACUCAGACUUGGCACUCAAGCAUGCAAUGUAGAUUUAAAUAUGGCGGGGGACUCAAAAUGUAGGUACCCCUUUUUUUUGCUAAACUUUUGCGUUUAAUUAAUAAUGAUGUUAAAAGUUCUUAGUGUUUGUAUUUUUAUAUGAUUCAAGUUUCCCCACAAUGUUUUUCGUUUGAUGGUAGGUUUUGUGUGCUAAGUCUGUAAGUAAAUUGAAUGAUCGAAUCUAUUUUAUUGGGCGAGAACCUUUUUGUUUUUGUAAAUAUAACUUCGCCCGUUUACCCUGUUUGUUUAAUCAUUACAGAAUUAUUGGAACCUUGCCUGUGAUCCGUAUGUAAAUUCAUGUAAUCAUCAUAUUUUUUUUGUUUCUUGCCAGUUUUUAUUCUAUUUGUCCUUCUAAUAUUUAAAAAAUCAUACACCUAAUCAUUAUUUUUAACCUUUGCCUUUCACUGUUGUUCGUUUCAAUAUUUAAAAAAAAAAUUUAAUAUGACGUCUUUUAUUUGAAUGUUUUACUAACUUUGAUGACUAAAUGGCUUGUGUACUUUCGGAUUCAUUAUUUUGUUAACGACUUUAAAUUAAAGUUUUAGUUAACCUGUAAAAAUAUAAAAGGAAACUUUCUUUUAGGUCACAGAAAUCUAUAUUCAGAUGUCUGUGGCUUUUCAUACGCAAUGUCUGUAAAAGGUAGUUAGGGAAGUUUUCAUUUCCUUUUCACGAAUUGUUUUUUGUAUCCGUAAAGUAUUUGUGACUUAUUUUUAAAUAAAAAAAAUAAACAUCUUGAAGUUAUACGUACCUAAAUGUAAACUUAUAAAUUUAAUUAUGUUUUUAUAUAUAUGCUUUGAAUGAGAUAAGUUUGCUUUAUUGUCGGUGUGUGUGAGAUUUUUUUUUAUUAAUUAAUGACAAUUGUUUUAUUGCAUAUCGUUUUAUUAUGAUAUAAAAUUAUAUUUUUUUUUUUCAAUGAACAUAUCUUAUUUUUUAAUUAAUAUCAUUACUUGAAAAUUCUAUCCAUCUAUCUUUCUGCUUUUGCUGAGAAAUGUCCUCUCCAUUAUAAAUGCCAGUACAAAUUCUUUACAUCAAGUAUUUUUAAUGGAUUAGUUAUUCAUUCUUUUAGUUUUUAUUCUGUGAACGUAGAUAUAGAAUUUAGUAUCAUGUACAAGCGUUGUCAUAUGACAGAAGAAAGUCGUUUUUCCACUUUGAUAUCAUCUGAGUGAUGAAAUUCCACUUGGACUAUUUGCAUUUUUGUUAAACUCAUCUAGUUAUUUAGUAUUCACAAUAGUACAGAUAAGUAAUUGAAUCUAAGAUCUUUAUGCACUCUUCUAAGUAUAUAGAAAAGCGAGAAACAAAACUUUCAAGGCACUCUGUGAAUUAUUAAUGUUUUAGUGAGUACUUUUACUUAAUAGCAUACAAAUUUUGGAUAAUGAUCUUUGAGUAAAUGUUCGGUAUCGCAUUUUGUAAAUGACAACGCUAUGUACUUAGAUCGGUUAAUAAGAAAUAAGAUAAUACAAAAUGAAAAAUAAUGCUUUUUUUUUGUGAGACAACGAAAUACACAACUGCUUUUUCAUUUUGUAUAUUUUUUUUUCUGAAGACCAACCGGUCGUCACAACUAAGUAUUUACUAAAUAUAUGAGCGUAACGGUAUGGGUUUAAUGUACGUGAUUUUUUUUUAUAGUUAGUGAAUUUGUAUUUGGUAAGCGAUUUAAUUUAGAUUUUGUACCUCCGCGUACCCUCAUGUAUUAGAUAAUACGUAACAUUACUUAAGAUAUUGAAUGAAAUAAUAAUGAAACAAAUAAACAAUUUAGAAUUUA